CCAGAUUCUCGUUGCACCUCGCCUAUUGGCUUUACUGUAAUUGAUGCACCUGCGGAAAAACGUCUCUAUCGCGGUCGUGAUUUCUUCAAACUUAGUCGCAUUGGGUUGCAAUGCGAAUUAUCCACCGGAAACUGGAUAUUAGUAGAACCCCACGAGGACGCAUCGUCCAAAUUGCUGGCUGUUGAAGACUCUACAAGUCCAUCGCCCACCUUAGCAAAACCACCAACCGUGCCAACAGAAGCCAUGGAGAUCGACUCUCGUCUACCCGGCAUCCAGCAUCAUGGCCUCCAUCAGCAUCACCAUGAGGAACAUCACGAGUUUCAUCGUCAACAUCAGAUUGAGGCCAAUCGUAAAUCGUUACCACCUCCUUCAAUGAUUCGUUCUCCAAAUACCCCUCACUUGCAUCCCCUCCCACAUAAGGCAUCCAGCAAUCCUCCAUUACCAAAGCCUUCGGCGGUAGAGCUGGUGCAUGAGCUGCAACCUCCCAUCAGAGAUCCUGGCGCUGGCAUAACCAAUCAGACCCAUACCCUUCCUUCCAUUGUAUCCCAUCCAACGAACACCUCUGGUGCCUCUCAUCUCACCAAUGGGCAUCAUUAUCCUCAUGCACCACAACAAGUUCAGCUUGAUGCCAUUGAGCGACUGCAAACGCAGAUCUCACAGAACAGCAGCACCCUGGCGGCUCAGAACCGUGACAUCAGACAAACCGAGAAAUCCGUGCAGCUCGUUGAGGAGAAUAUGCGCCGAGAAUACCAGACACAGUUGCAGCAUCAGAGCGUCGACAUCAGAAGAAUGGAUGAGACGGUAGGGAGGUUAUACCAUGAGAUGCAAGGUAUCCGUCAAGUUAUUGAGGGGUUUAGCCGUGAGAUGCAAAGUAUUCGAAAUGAGAGAUUAGUACAUAGCACAGCUCCACCGCCGGGACAGCAAACCAGUGCUCAGGACUCCGCGCUUGAGCUCAUGGCGCACCAAAUGGCUGGAAUCUCGCAGAAGGUGAACGAAGUCGACACAAUGAGACUCACGAUUGAGAUCAUGAAGAACAAAAUACAGCGCCUAGAAGGUGGACCUCCUACGAUGCCAUGCCCACAACCAGUAUCGCAAGAUCAAUCAGGACACCCCGCCCACUCGUCUCACACACCUGUGUCUUAUCAUGUAGCGCCAACUGCAGCACCGCAAAUCAACGCUCCGCUCCAUCCAUCACAGAGGAGUCAGCCCCACCCUUCGAUCCUAUCCUCGACCGUUCCGUUAGAAGCCAGCCAAAGGCCUGAACCUGUAUCAAGGCACAGUAGCUGGGCUACGGUAAAUGCUGGAGUCAAGCGCCCUCACACAAAUGGCGUGGAAAGUCCACGCGAGGUUCUCGCACAUGCAACCGGAUCUCCCAAGCGGCAAAGAACAGGGACUAACGAAUUUAAUGGCGGCUAUGUUGCAUCGCAGGGUCCUCCGCCCGCACACGCCUACGAUAUGCAAGUACAGUCUCAGAUGCACACUCUACCCUCUCAACCACAUGUCACGUCUGAGUCGACUUUGACAUCGGAGACUCAGCAUCCAGUGCACACGCCUUAUGGUACGCAAGAUAGCCCCUCGGACAACAGCUGGCAACCGGAAUCCCAGCGCAUCGUCGAGCAUCGCCCUCGUGGCAGACCUCGCGGAUCCGGACGCGGCGGACGAGGCAGGAAGAGUAUGCCAGCCCAAGUUCAUCCUAUGGGGACACCUGACUGGGACAGGGAAGAUUGGCAGGGAGUGCCCAACUCCCAAGCUAGCCCUGAAGGACACUACAACCAUAUAGCACAUCCUGGAAAGGGGAUCGCACGUCGUGGUAAUGGUGGGGGAGGUCGUGGCGGGUACACUCCAGAUCGUGCUGCGAGUCUAGGUUUGCAAGGUGUCACUGCUAGCAUGGGCGCUGUUUCUCCUGACGAUUUCUAUGGGUCCGCAAAGAAGUCGCGAAGCAAGCCAAUACGGAACGCAGAUGGUGUGCUCAUUAGAAAAGAUGGCCGUCCAGAUAUGCGUUCUCAAUCUUCGGCCGCGAAUUUGCGAAAAGUCAACGCAAAGAAGGAUGGAAUGUCGUUCACCAGCUUCCAGGACACAGCUUCAACUGCGCCCAAUACACCAAGUCCAAGCGGCCAUGCCCCGAUAGAACUGGAUGCGGCGGCCAAGAAGCACAACGAUAUCAUGGGCCGGAUGUUCCCACGUGGCAUGGACGAGUCACGCAAAGACCAUGACUAUGCUCGCCAAGUGUUUGACGAAGAUCACAAUUCCACAGCACAUCCUCGCGUGCAGAACUAUCACGCACAACAACAUCCGCCUUCUAAGUCGCCGCAUGAAGUCAAGAACGAGCGAGUCGAACAAGACCGUGUCGUAGAGUUGCAGAUCUCAAAAGACGGUGACACGAAUAUGGAUCGCGAGAGCGAGAGUCAUACACCAGGGGAACACAGCGACAAUGAACAGGAGCAACAUGAUGGUCGACCCCAAGUUCAGCAGCUGUCGAGCGAAAACAGUGUAGCGGUUUCGGAGACACCCGAUAUUGACAGCUCGGCAACACUUGCUGUGGAGACGCAGGUUUCUUCGUAG